UGAAGACAGAUCAGAGACUGGUAGCUAUUCUUAGCACUAUUCUUGUCUGCACCGACCGAGCAGUCCCCGAUCUGUCUUCGUCUUGUAAUGGAAAUAAUUGAAUCCUAUCCGGUAAGAAAGUGUGGACAAGGUAAUGAGGCGAACAAUUGCAUUUAUUUUUAGAUUAUAUCAGCAGUUUAUUUGUGGCUAUUAGUUUGGUUUCAAUCUCUCCUAUUCUGUUAAACUUGGGUUAAUUAGAAUUGUGAGAAGUUGUGUGAGAAACGCAGUUGCGUUCGAAUGCAAUGUCGCUAAACAACACAAGCAGCAGAGAGGUGACGCAGCGCCUGUACUAGGAGGGAUUGAACUCAACGCAGAGUCUACAUGGACGUGGACCGUUGGGCGGGCUACAUAUGCAGACCCUUUGCACUUAUGGGACUCCAACUCCGGGUCACUUGCAGACUUCGUUACUCAUUUCACUUUCAAUAUCAACGCUGCUGGCCAAAACCAUAGUGACGGGUUUGCGUUUUUCCUUGCUCCUGUUGGUGUCCCAAUUCCGCUUAACUCGGGUGGGGGUUUUCUCGGAUUAUUCAACAGCACCACCAUGUCAGACAACAAAAUUGCUUCCGUCGAGUUCGAUACCUACUCAAACAGUUACUGGGAUCCAGCCGGACCGCAUGUUGGGAUCAAUAUCGAUAAAAUCGCUUCUGCUGUUCAGCCUAGUUGGAACUUUAGCAGCGAUUAUAAUAAGAAGAAUGUGAAUGUGUGGAUAACUUACAAUGCUACCACUAAAAACCUCAGUGUGUUCUGGACAAACAAGGAAAACCCUGUUUUCGUAGGCAAUUCUUCUCUUUCUUACGUUGUUGACUUACGCAAGUGCCUUCCCGAUUUGGUUACAAUUGGUUUUUCAGCUGCUACAGGACAAUACCCCGAGCGGCACACGAUAUACUCAUGGGAUUUCAAUUCAAGUUUGGAUCCUACGCAUGAGAAAAACAGGAAACACAAGUGGAAAGGAAACGAGAAAUGGUUGAUAGCGGUCUUUGCGGCUUCCUUCUUGAUUGUGGCGAUUGGCGUGGCGGCCUUAUGUUGUUUGGUUAAAAGGAUUGGAUCGUUUGCGAACAGAAAUCACAGCUCCAAUGGAUUGCACUCUAUAAGUGCGAAGCUUGAGAGACUAGCUGUCCCAAAAAGGUUUUCUUACCAAGAAUUAGUCGUGGCCACUAAUGACUUCGCGAAAGAAAGAAGGCUAGGCCAGGGAGGGUCAGGACAAGUUUAUAAAGGGAUCUUACAAGAUCUUGGCUGCCUAGUUGCUGUUAAGAGAAUCUUGACAGAAUCCGAGCGCUAUGAGAAAAUCUUCAUCAAUGAAGUGAAGAUAAUAAGCCACUUAUUUCAUCGAAAUCUGGUCCAGUUCAUUGGAUGGUGUCACAAGAAUGGAGAAUGCUUGCUUGUUUAUGCAUACAUGUCCAACGGCAGCCUUGACACGCACCUGUUUGGUUCUCGAGUAACUCUGCAAUGGGAAUCCCGGUACAAGAUAGCUUUAGGGUUGGCCUCGGCACUUCAUUACCUACACGAAGAAGCAGAGCAAUGUGUCCUUCACAGGGAUAUCAAAUCAGCUAACGUACUGUUGGACAAUAAUUUCAGCACUAAGCUUGGUGAUUUUGGUAUUGCGAAGCUCGUGGAUCCGCGAUUCAGGAGUCAGACAACAGGGGUAGUAGGGACUUUCGGAUACAUGGCCCCAGAAUAUGCAAGUGGAGGGAGGGCCAGCAAAGAAUCAGACAUUUACAGUUUGGGAGUUGUAGCCUUGGAAAUUGCAUGUGGAAGGAGGACUUACCAAGAUGGAGAGUAUCAUGUGCCACUUUUCCGGUGGGUUUGGCAGCUCUACCUUGCCGGAAAUCUUCUCCACGUAGCCGAUGAGAGAUUAAAUUUGAACUUUGAUAGAAAUGAAAUGGAAUGUUUGCUAUUUGUGGGGUUAUGGUGCACCCACCCCAGGAAAACGGAAAGACCAAAAGCAGGGCAGGUGAUAAAGGUUCUUCAGCUCGAAGCGCCGCUGCCAGAACUUCCACCAGACAUGCAUGACCAUUAUCCACUGCCUCAACCUCAACAAGAAGCUGAUUCAGCCUCUCACAUAUCUUUAACUUCUAGCUUGGAUGGUCGUUGAAGUAGUACUGCCUUACUCAUGCUACAAGAUUGUAUGAUUUCAGAUAUAAAAUCUGAUUUAGUAUCUUUAUUUCUUGUUGCUAGUUAAUCCUUCUUGUUAGUUCGACAUGCUUUCACAUAAGGGGACCAUGUAAUCUGUUAGCGAAAUAACAAACUGCAUCAGCAAUUUAAGGACAAUA